AUGAUGCUUUUCUUUAGCUGGACCAGCUCUAGACUGGGCACAACACGAGCCGCUUUUUUCAUCGAGUCAUGGAUCAAUUUUAGAGAAGCAUUCUUGAAGAGAUUUGUAAGGUUGCCACCUUUCAAGUCCAAGCACAACCACUACUCAUAUCACAUAGAAGUGGAGUGUGAUGAAGAAGAAUGGGGAGGCAUACAACCUCAUCUUGAGAUCAUGAAUAAAGAACUAAUGAAGCAUGUGGAGAGAGACCCUUUCCAUGAUUUCACUUCGGAAUGUGCAAAGGAGCAUCUAUACAACUUUGAGCAACUUUGCAACUACUAUGGUCUUGGAGACAACCCCAAGAAGACACAACUGUUCCAACUACCACUAGCUGGGCGAGCUAAGAAAUGGGUGAAAUUCAAUGCCCAACACACCUUCAGAACUUGGAAUAGGUACGAGGAAGCUUUCCUUUACAGAUUUGCAAGAGGUCCGAUCUAUGUUCCGCCACCCCGCCCUAGUUAUUCACGACACCAUCCAUCAUCACCAGACAUAAAUCAGACACCUCUUUUUGCUGAGGAGAGUUCACAAGCCACACGCCCAACCAAGGUUGAAGUGAUGCUUCAACAGUACUUGAAGGAUCAAGAUGAGAGUACAAAGAAGAUGGAAAGGAGAAUCGAUUUCAUUCAUGAGAGUCUUGGAAACAAAUUUGAAGUCCUAUUCAAGCAAGUGAUCAAGCUUGAUGAAGACAUAAAGAAGCUUAGAGAAGACCACGAUCGAUCUCUAAACCUUAUAAGACUUGAUGUUGCUGCUAAAUAUCAAGAGCUGCUCAACAAAAGCAUGAAGAUUGAAGAUACCAACUAUGAUAAUAGCAAGCACCUUGGAUCGAUCUACAACCGCUUACAAGCCCUUGAAGGAUCAUCUUACUCCAUGUACAAGAGAGAGAGGAGUCCAACACCCAACCUCCCUCCCUUUCCUUGCAAUGCUAUCAUUAGAAGAGGCAACAAUCGCAAAGUGAUAGACCCCUGA